AUGGCGGCUACGGGCAGCCGGUUAGUGGGUCACUAUCCGAUUACCGAUCCCCUACGACGCUCCAUGGUCAAAUCCCGCAAUUUGAAGGAGGAAUUCCUGAAUUCAGAAAAUCUAUCGGACAACAAUUCCCACCUGUUUGUGCCAUUUAGCGACAUCACUGUUCACACAACAUCCCAUGAUCUCUUGAAUUUAUUAUUGGGAUUAACCGAAAAAUCGUAUGGAGGCUUGAUCAAACUGAACGUAAAUGCUCACGAAAAAACCUUUAAAGAUAUUAAAUUAAGCAAAGGUGCAGCAAAGAUGUUAACAUUACCAAAUGCAGGGGGAACUAGUAUGCUAUCUGAAGUAUUUUCGUGCGAGAUAAUGGAGCGAAUACUCGGAGCGGAACUAUCUAAAACGGAAAUGGAAGUACGAUAUCGCUUUUCUAAUCAACCCAUGACAGAUUAUUUGGUCAAAUUACGCCAUAAAAUCCCUGUAACCAUUGGCAUAUCGGUGACACGUGCCUACGCUCAUAAAAGGAGAUACACAUCCCAAGAUGCACGCGCGCUGUUGAAGAAGAAACUCUCAGGGAUUAAUUCAUCGACUAGAAAUAUUAUCGGCGACCGGGUAUGGAAGCAAAUAUUGCAUAUAUGGUGCCCGGAUGGACACACGGCUAAAAUGGUCAAAAGAGCGUAUUCGAAAAUAGAUGAAGCACAUACCGCCAAUACGGUUAUCGUAUUGAGUGUGGUCGAAUCUGCGUGGGUGUUCCACGAGGCUAAACGCAAAAAGAAGAAGAAAGUUCCACGACGAGGGUCAGGUGAAACGCAGAAAAAGAAGCAAAAAAAGAAAAGUCAUAAAGCGAGUCGGAAAUGA